UUGAGUGUAGAUCUGUUGGAGAAAAGCUCCUCUCCUACGGGCUGCUAUGAGAGCUACUGGACAACACUUUCUGUUUUCGGUACUGACCUCCGCUUUUGGGACAGAUUAGUGACGGGAGUUUUUUGUGGGGUGAACUCGUUCACAAAGAAAAGCGUCGUUUAUGAGCGUUGUCCAGCCACUUCUUGUUGGUAGCUGCUGGCCUCUGAGGCUAGCUGGCUUAGCGGAACGGUGACCGAGUGGAGCCAGCUGGUCGGACGGAGAAUCAGGAACGCUAGCGAACAAGCUAAUUAGCCAGAAACACUGGGCUUGGAUUAUUGCCUUUAAUCAAACAUAGAGAGCAGGUUGUGCAGGCGCAAUUAACUGCAGCAAAGAUGAAAAUAACCGUGGACUUUGAGGAAUGUCUGAAAGACUCCCCACGCUUCAGAGCAACCAUAGAGGAAGUGGAGGGGGAUGUGUGUGAGUUGGAAUCCAAGCUUGACAAACUGGUGAAGUUGUGUAUUGGGAUGAUAGAUGCUGGAAAAGCCUACAACGCAGCCAACAAGCAAUUUGUCAACGGGAUCCGGGAGCUUGCCCAGCAGUCUGCCAAAGAUGAAGUCAUUGAGUCCAGCCUCACAAAGUUUGCUGAGAGUCUGCAGGAGAUGAUCAACUAUCACACGAUAUUGUUCGAUCAGGCGCAGAGAUCAAUCAAGACUCAGCUGCAAACAUUUGUGAAAGAUGACCUGCGAAAGUUUAAAGAAGCCAAGAAACAGUUCGACAAAGUUAGUGAAGAAAAGGAGAAUGCGCUUAUCAAGAACGCUCAGGCUCCUCGCAACAAGCAGCAUGAAGUGGAGGAGGCCACCAACAUCCUGACCGCCACACGCAAAUGCUUCCGACACAUUGUCCUCGACUACGUCUUACAGAUAAAUGUUCUACAGUCUAAGAGAAGAUCAGAAAUCCUGAAAUCGAUGCUGUCCUUCAUGUACGCCCAUCUGACUUUCUUCCAUCAAGGUUAUGACCUCUUUAGUGAACUUCAACCUCUUAUGAAGCAGCUGGGUGGACAGUUGGACCAGCUGGUGGUCGAUGCUGCCAAGGAGAAGAGGGACAUGGAGCAGAAACACUCCACCAUCCAACAAAAGGCUGCACUAGAGGAGGUGACAGAGCUUGACUUUUUACCAGAUCCUCGCAGCUUUUGUGCCUGGAGGUCGACCUCUGAUUUCUCAAAUGACGACACGAAGCUGGAGUAUAAUGUGGAUGCAGAUAAUGGCAUUGCAAUGGAGGGUUAUCUAUUCAAGAGGGCCAGUAACGCUUUCAAGACAUGGAACAGACGCUGGUUCUCCAUCCAGAACAAUCAGCUGGUUUACCAGAAGAAAUUUAAGGACAACCCGACGGUCGUGGUAGAAGACCUGAGGCUAUGUACAGUCAAGCACUGCGAGGACAUCGAGCGGCGCUUCUGCUUCGAAGUAGUUUCACCCACAAAGAGCUGCAUGAUGCAGGCCGACUCAGAGAAGCUGCGGCAGGCUUGGAUCAAAGCCGUCCAGAACAGUAUCGCCACCGCCUUCCGCGACAAGGGAGAUAGUGGCGAGAAGCUGGACAGGAAGUCAUCCACGUCAACAGGGAGUCUGGACUCCGGAGGAGAACCUAAGGAAAGGUCGCUGAAAGGAGAGAGCGCUCUGCAGAAGGUCCUGGCCAUUCCUGGCAACGCCUGCUGCUGUGACUGUGGCCAGCCGGACCCGCGUUGGGCCAGCAUCAACCUGGGCAUCACUCUCUGCAUCCAGUGCUCUGGUAUCCACAGGAGCCUGGGAGUGCAUUUCUCCAAGGUUCGGUCUUUAACUUUAGACUCAUGGGAGCCUGAACUGCUGAAGUUGAUGUGUGAACUGGGAAACAGAGUGAUCAAUCAGAUAUAUGAAGCUCGACGAGAAGAACUAGGAGCCAGAAAACCACAGCCAGGAGACCCCAGACACGAGGUGGAGGCUUACAUCAAAGCCAAAUACGUGGAUCGGCGUUUCGUCCGUCGGCCGUCAGACGAGGAGCUUCGUAACAAGGUCGUUUCUCUGAGCAAAGAGGAGAAGAGGCUGAGCAGCAGCUCGGACCACCUGCCGCCUAAAGCACCUCCACCCACUCCCAAACUUCGGCCGGGCUCUCAUGCCUCUGGACAGUCAGCUGCUGCCUGCGGCAAAGAGGCCCGCCGCGACUCUCUCUUCUGUCCUGAUGAGCUUGACUCGCUCUUCUCCUACUUUGACACCUCCUCCAAGCUCAGGAGCAUGAAAAGUGCGGACAGCGGCAUUCAGAACAGCGCUGAUGGGAGCAGGGAGAUGCUGGCCACCACUCCGUCCAGUAACAGCCUGGCAGAUGCAGAAGCUGCAGAGUCUUCCCCCAUGCCCGCCACGCUCCCGAUCGCGUCGCCCUGUAAGGAGGUGGUUUUCUUCGAGCCGAAGGAGUACAGCCCGGGUCUGCAGCUCUACUGGGCGUCCUUCAGCCGCAGCCUGCCGGACAUGGCCGAGGCUCUGGCCCACGGCGCCGAGGUCAACUGGGUCAACACCGAGGAGGACAAAAGGACGCCACUCAUCAUGGCAGUGCAUGGGGGCUCACUGGUCACCUGUGAGUUUCUGCUCCAAAACGCAGUGAAUGUGAACCAGCUGGACGCUCAGGGCAGAGGGCCGCUGCAUCACGCCACCAUGCUGGGACACACGGGCCAAGUUUGUUUGUUCUUGAAAAGAGGAGCAAAUCAAAACGCCGCCGACAUCGACGAGAAGACGCCACUGAGCAUAGCAGUGGAGGCGGCAAAUGCAGAUAUUGUCACAUUAUUGCGGUUGGCCAAGAUGAACGAGGAGAUGCGGGAGGCGGAGGGGCCCUACAACCCGUCAGGGGACGAAACCUACCAGGACAUCUUCCAGGACUUCACCCACAUGGCCUCGAACGACCCGGACAAGCUGAACCGCUACCAGCAGUACGACCCUCAGAGACCCUGAUGCUGCGGCGCCACCGCAGCCCAGGUCAAACUUUCACCACUUCAGAAAAAACAAAAAAACAACUAGAGGCCUGGAGUGACGUCGGCUUUCCUUGCAGGAUCAUUCGGAAAGAAUCUCAUGUCACUUCUAGUUUUUGUAAGAGUCUGGAAGCACUUUGGUCAACUGAAUGGGGAGAGAGAAAAAAAAAACCCUCACUCAUUGGUUUGUUUUUCAGUUUGACCUUUCUGCUGUUGGCGAAUGGUACAGUGUUAAAGCUGUUUGAAAGGAUCUCAGAUGAAAACUGAACUCUGAAUGCAGAGCAGUCAUCGUUCUUUGACCAAGUUUAACUUCUCCCAUCCGGAUCUGCGAAACACGUAGAGAAGUUGUGGAAAAGAAAAAGAAAAAAAAAGCCUUUAUUGUUGAUGCAUAUCAGCAUGUUUUUCAUGAAAGGUUUGGCCUGUACAUGCUUUUACUUUAUUUGCACAAGUCUCUUCAUGUACUGGAAGCAAACCUGUUAAUAUUUCAUUUGUGAUUUUAAAACAUCGAUUUAAGUAGAUUUGUAAAUGUUAGUAGUUUCAAUGUUUUGGUGCCUGCAGAUUGUAUCAUUGGAAGAUUUGGGGGGAAAACUUUUUAUCUUAGACUCUCAAACUAAAUGUUGAGGCACAGCAAGAAAACAUCAGCCAAACACGUUGAUUGACAAGUUUUGAGGAAGGAUUUUUGUUUUGCAGUUGAUGCUAAACCAUCUGUCAACUGAGCAUCUUCCACAUCAAUAACACACCAUUAAAAAUAUACAAAGCUACUUUCAGCACUGAAAAGGUGUCGCACUUAAAAGUUUCAAAUCAUCAAGUUUAAUAAUCAGGUGAGUAAAUACAGAAUAUAGUUAAAAUAAUAGUAUAAAUAUAAUCAAAUCAACUUAUCCUCCCUAUUGCCAAUACCUGGCAGAAAAUUGAAUAUUUUCCCAGAUGUUUUGGGGUCUUUAAGCUGUUUUUGCACUAAUAUGAGAAGGAUCUUUGAGUUCUUUUGAGUCUCUUUCUUCCUGUUGAAUAGUGAACUUUGACCCUAACCAAGGCACUGGAAGCCUGCUCUUGCUGCUCUUUGAGUGGCUUCUCUUCUUCAUGUUUUCUCCUGUUUUGAAUAAUGACUUUACUGGAAUUCCCUAGAUUAAAACUAAAAAAAUAAAUAGAAUUUUUUUUAAAAAGGCUUAAAAUGACUUUGUAACCUUUUCUCGAUUGACUGACAUCAUGACUGCUUUUGUUUUCUUAAAUGCAUUUUGAUCAGGGCGUGAUGAGUUGUUCUUUCAACCUGCUUCGUGUUGUCAGACAGGUUCUUGUGUCCAGAAGUGAGGUAUCUUUUUAACAAGGGGAGUAAAUGUGAAUUCACAUGGGGCCAUCUUUACUCAACCUCUCUCUGUCUUGAAUUAAUGUUCACUUAAUGAUUUGAAACAUUUAAAGGUGCCAAACAAAACAAGAAAAACUGAAAAUCUGUAAAGGGGAAAAUCCUUUUUUUCACUGCAGUGCAGCUGUUACCUCAGUGGUGUCCGAAGUCGGUCCUCCGCCACCCGCUUGAUUUAGCUCCUGACCUGGUUCAACACACCUGAAUAAAAUGACAGCUCAUUAGCAGAACCACGAGGAGGAGGUGAUUGGACCAUUUGAAUCAGCUGCAUUGGAGCACUAAACGGGCGGGACACUGUCUGUCCAGGACGGGACGCCUGUCCCACAAGUGAAGCUUUUCAUUGAGUGCUAGGUUUUCUAUGCCACAACAUUUAGCUAAAGAGUUAAUGCUCUUCUGCUGCUCAUCUCGCAGAAGAAAACAGAGAUCAGCCCAGAAAUCAGAGGAAAAAUGUCCAUUUUCAUACAUUUGCAUUGUUUGUAAUUAUUCAGCCGAGUCGGAGCUGAUGCAGACAGCAGAGGGAACUGAUCAUGAAUGAAUUUUCAUUUUUAAUGACUGCAUUUCUUUUUCAGUAGAGCAGGGGUCUCAAACUCCAGUCCUCGAGGGCCGCAGUCCUGCAGUUUUUAGAUAUGCCACAGGUACAAAACACUGGAAUGAAAUGGCUUAAUUACCUCCACCUUGUGUAGACCAGUUCUCCAGAGCCUUAAUUAUUCCAUUCAGGUGUGGUGCAGCAGAGGCACAUCUAAAGGUUGCAGGACUGCGGCCCUCGAGGCCUGGAGUUUGAGACCCCUGCAGUAAAGUUUAAAGUGUUUUUGUUGAAUAAAAUUCAAUUCACAGUUUGCGUCUAGGAUCUUGUUUAGGAAUUAGCCUACACUUCUGAAUAAGUUCCCAAAUGUAGAAAUUCAGUUUUAAAGUUUAAAUGGUGAUUUCAUCAUUUUGUGCUGAAAUCAGAAAGUUAAAUGUGAUGCAGUUGUUUUUGUUGUAAGUUCUCGUUUCUCUUGCUCUCUCUCUCUCUUUUUUUUGUAAUCUUUUUGAUAUUUUGUGUAGAUUUUUCUGAUCAGAGGACAAAUCUGUCCAAAGCAAAAUGGGAUACAGUUGUUGUACAUUUUGUACAGAUGAUUUCAAAUUCUCAAGACUGAAAUAUGGAGUUAGAGGUACUUGAAUGAUUUAAAUAAGCUUUUAUAUAUGCUGUUUGUAUCCUUUGAUAACCAUAGCCUGUUUUUAUAUGUGCCGCCUGUUUGCCUGUAUACAUGUACUGUAUAAUACACCUGUAAUGAUAUCUGCAAGGUCUUAAAUACACAGAAACAAAUGAUUCA